GAUUGAGUCUUCCAGCAAUGUUCCAAGCUUAUAGGUCAUCCAAUACUCAGGCCACAAGUCCACAUGCCAAAAACUUCGAAAACACUCAAGUGAAUGCCGAUCUCAAUUUUCGAUCUCACCACCAGCUUCACAGUCGCCAGUUAUCUCUUCAUCAGAUUGAUGAAAAACAGUGUCUAGUCAGUAUUGAAAAUUUAGGCCGUAGAGGACAGGGGAGACAGACUGCAGACAAUGCAGGCUUUGAUAGUGACCAGGAGCAGAGUCACGGUGGCAGAACUUUGCAGCGUACCCUGUCCAGCACCUUGCCAAGAUCGCAAAGGUUGGCAGGUCGACAGUCCAGCUCUCCUGAUGGUCAGUUUGAUCAAAGUUACUUGAAUGUAGACUUGUUCGGUGCUGGCCCCACUAAGAAUUGUUGGGGUGCCACUGGUGGUGCAACCUCAGAUAUGAGUACUAGAAGGACAGGAAACAACAAAACUUCCAUACAUCUCCUGGAUGAUAUAAUUACAAACCUACCUCACCCUAAAGUGCCAAUGUCAAAAUCAAAUGAAGAUCCUGUGUUUGCAACAGUUCAGUUUUCUAAUUUCAUGCCAUCAUCAUCUGCUGAAACAAAUGCUCACAAAGAGUUUCGUUCUUCCCCACAGAGUCAUUCUAGUAUUGGAUCUCAUUCUCUUAGCAGUCAGGAUUCAGACAGACUUUUUGAGGAGAUAGAUUUUCCUCAGUACACCUCCAACACCAAUCUCAAAGAUAUUGCUCAAAUCAGCUGCAGCUCGGGAAGUAGCUCACCCAUUGAUGCCUCUGCCAAGAGCAGAGAUCAGUUUUCACAACCCCUGACAUAUGUAAAUCUGGAAAGAUUUGACGGGGAGGAAACGGAUCAUCAUUAUAUUGACAGUGCUGCAUCCAGUGUGAAAAUACCUGUAAAUCUGCUGUCUUUCCCUCAGGAUUCCCCACCAGCAGUAAGUGGGAGACAGAGAUAUGCCAAUGUCUUGCCUUGCCCAUGCUCCUGUGGGUGUCCUUUGUGCCAUUCUGCUCCAGGGCAGCAUUCCACCCCUGUACGGAGGUAUGUGAACAUUCCUGCUGAGCCAAGAGGUUAUGUGAAUAUCCCUGGAUCUGAAACUAUCAUAAACAGUGGACAGUGUACGUGUGGAGCUCACACUGCUGGCAGUCUGUCGUCAUCCUUGGAUGAGAUGGAGACAGAGGAAGCCAGCCCAUACUUUGAUAUGGCAGCUGUGCAGACUAUGGAUAGACGGAGAAAUAGGGCUGGUUCUCCAUUGAUACAGGAGACCUCCUUUAGUGUUCCUCCAGAUGGCAGAAGACCAGAUUUGACAAACACUGGCAGCAGUAGCACAGGCUCUGAUGCUGAUUACUUCUCCAUGUCUGCUGGACCUAGCAAUCCAAGCUCGUCCACCUUGAAAGGGAUAGUUGAUUGGACUGGGAGGGUCAGUAUUCAUGCAUGUACAUCAGAGAGCAGCUUGUUGUCAAACAGCAGGUCAAAUAGCCCAGAGGAUGACCAGUACAUUUGGAUGAAGCCUGGUGGGAGUAGCCCUGGGGACUCUAGACAGGAAUAUGCAUCUGUUUCUAGUUUGGGCGACUCCUCUCCCAUGGCCAGCACCUGUGAUUCUCCCAGGGACUAUUUGAAAAUGGUUGUGAAACCCAGUAAUACUGGUCUAUGCCCCGUUGUCUACCCCAGGUGUCACAGCGUUGGUGGAAGUUCCUCUUCCCAGCCACUUGUUACCAGGUCAGAACUCCAACAUUCUCAUACCAUGGCCAAUCCUUUGAGUGAAGAACAGAACAAUUACAUGACAAUGUCACUACCUCCCAGGGAUUCUCAGCAGGUUGGUGCACAGAGUUCAACGACAAAGCCAUUGGCUGACGAGAUAUUAGACUCUGGAUACAUGCAUUUUUCAGUGGGGCAGCUUGACACCGAGGACAGUGGCUCACAUCUUGAGUCAUCAAGGAGUGAGGCCGAGGCAUCCCCAGUCCUCAAACCAUUUGAUAACCUUUAUCAGUUUAAACCCCAUUCAUCAAAAAAGGAUAUUAAACAACACAAUAAGGCCAGGUCUUCCCCUCCUCCCAGGCCAAAGAAACCCACCAAAGAACUCCCAAAGACACCAACAAAAUCAAAAAAUCCUUUGGAUGAAAAAGAGAGGUCAUCUCCAGGGGUGAAGAUGAGUUUCCUUUCCAUGUUUCGCCGCAGAUCUGCAUCAAAGUCCAUGGAGCGCUCUUCAACAAGUGGUGAAGAAAACUAUCAGAGUGACAGUGAUAGGUCAUUUCGUAAGGGAUCAUCCAUUAAGAAAAGUAGAGUGGGAACACCGACAGGACAAGACCCUUCUGCCCCGUCUGGGGGAAGACCAUUGGGGACAGCAACGGGUCGAUGUCAGACCCCCCCACCUCUACCUCCACCUCCAAUACCAGCCAGGUUACCUAAAAACAAACCAACCAUGCUUGGCAAAGGGAGUGCUAGCCCCUGUUCAUCCACUGAUAACAGCCCGUGUAAGAAACCACCCAUUGAUGGCAGUCCAUCCAAAAACAAACCAUCCAGUUACCCUGGCUGUAACAAACUUGUGUCUUCCUCUUCAGAAGAAAGCUACAGUGGGAAAUGUUCCUCAGCCAAGAGCUGGGAUGGGACUUUUGGUACCCUGGGGUCUUUUAAAAAGCCUACAGCUGUUGUGUCACCCUUCAGUUCCUCAACAAGUUUACAUUCGUGCCUGUCUUCCACUGAUGUCUCAUCACAAGCCACUCAAUCAUCAUCCCUGCAGUCAAAUGAUAUUGCUGAUAUGAAAAGCCUUCAUACUCUACUUACUUCAGACGCCUCAGACAGCUUUACGGCUGUAAAACCAGCCAUGCCAGAGGAAGAACUAACGGGUAUAUCCAAACUAUUGUCUGAUAGGAAAGACCCGGCAGCACCACCCCAGACUUCAGUGGUCAUGCCCAUGAUGAUCCAGGAUGCCUCUCUCCUAAAGAAAACUGUCCCAGUUGGAGGUGGCUCAUUGUCUUCGACUCGCAUGGAUCUUUGCCUUGGGUCAGAAGUGGUUGAUGAAACCCAUGCUAAAGGUGCACAGGGUGCUGGUAGUGCCAGCAGUCCACAAGCCAGCAGCAGGAGUGGGUUUAAUGAUGUGUCCCCGCAGAAGGUGAGACCUGUAGCCCGUCCCAGGGCAAAGAAAAGAUCCCCACCAACAGGGCUAGCUGUGACCAUACCACCCCCAGAUACUGAUGGAAACAAGUGGAUGCUCCCUGGAGAUGAAGACAAAUCUGCUAAGAAGAGUUCUGAUAGUGGCCAGGCAAGAUGCAAGUCUCCAGUGAAAAAGAAGGAAUCCCAAACAAAGGAAGGAACUGUUUCCGAUCUUACUAAUGGCAGCAGCACCGAUAACAAACAGCAGGGCAGCAAGGACAGUGUCAGGAGCAGCCCCGCUUCUACAACUCUUAGACCUCGUUUUGGAAAAGAAUACCAGACAGUCGACAGAAAACGCCUUUUAGCUGAUUCUAAGAGCCCCGUUUUGGGAAGUCCUGCACGGAGCCCCAGAUCUCCUGCUUUAACCCCAACUUCUGUGUUCACCUUUGACUUGGCCCAGCCUGGGUCCCCUACCAAGGUGAGCAUACAGAGCAGCCCAAAUCAUAGCAGGGGAGAUCCACAGCCUUUUUCUCACUCCCCUAGUCAUUAUUAUGUCCAGUAUGACAACAAGCUGGACUCACCUAAGGCUAUCUAUGUGAAUGUGGCCUCUCCUAGAGCAGUCUAUAUGAAUGUUGACCUCAGCCCUCCAUCAUCCCCAGUGCUGCCCCAGCCCUCAGAACAGUCCAAUCCCAUGUUGAACUAUGCAGAGAUUGAUCUUACACACACUGGGGCUGUCCUGCGCCGCCCUUCUCAGAAAACCUGCAUGACAGAAUAUACUACUAUUGAUAUGGUGGCCACAGUGGCUGCCCAGAGGGUUGGAAAGGAGCAUGCUCAACUGAGAGAGGAUAGUUUGUUACGGAGAGAUAGGAGAAGCUGGACCCCUCAGAGGACUGUCUCAAACAAGGAUCCCAAAGAUUCCAAGUUGCAGCUGGCUGCGGUGGAAUAUACUUUGGCAGAAGAGAGGAAGGCAUCAACAUGUAGCUCAAAUUCUGCAGUGUCGCAGUGAUGGGGGCCCCAGCACUGACAUGAAAUGUGAUUAAGUAUUUGUUUUCAUCAGCAUUCCAACAUUAUUCUGGUACAGAGUAGUUUUUGAAGGUCACAUAAUGAGAAACUUCAUGUAGACUGCCAGACUGUAGAUAGCUUUUGUUAGAUGGUUUAACUUGACUUGCAAGAAGAAAUGGUGCUAAUAUAUGUGCAGCUUUCGAUAAAUCUGUGAGAAAUGGAGGAACCUUGUGUUCAUGAAGAUUUGUCAAAUAGACUUUUCAGACACCUAUUCUGGAAAGCUAGUGAACAAAUGAAUGAAAUUUUGUUUAAAAAAUGUCUUUUGAGUGAAUUUGAUUUUGCCUUGAAAAUUAUCCACUAUUAUUCACUUAAAUAACACUUUAUGCUGCUAAAUUGUUCUGUUUCUGACAAACAUUUGUCUCUGUACAUCAUUGCAACACCCUGUGGUUCUUAGUACAAAAAUUAUGUUGCUAGAAUGCAGUGCCAGAAUUCCUGUUUCAUCAAUGGAUGAUGACAGUUUUCUGUACACUUGCACACUGACCUUGGUGUCUUUUACUAUUAUGAUAUAUUGCUUGACUUCUGCUUGAAGUUUGUCUCCAUUGUCUGAAAAUUAUCUGUUAUAUUAGCCCUCAGUGGCAAUUGGACCAUCACACUUUUCUUGGCUAGACAUUUCCCUUUGUUGUAACUUUGAAUUUCAAACACAGCAUUGAAGAUCAGUCAACUGUCUUUUUGAAUUUGGAAACAACUUUAUCAAAAUGUUCUUGAAUGGUUUUAAGUGGUAUUGGAUGUCGCUUCAUCCAGACUGGAAAUGUAUUAUUUGGAUUAAAAAUGCAUUAUUUGCUGUGACAGUCCGGAAGUGAAGAGAUUACAAAAUACUGAAUUUUGACAUGCAUUUUUUAACGGGUCUUUUUUGUAAUGACUGCCAUAUGGUUGUAAUAGUUAUUAAAGACACUGAUCAAAACUUUUUCAUUUAUGCCAGAUUUAUAUAGUAGUAUUAAGUGACAUUUCAUUGAAUAGUAGUAGGCAGUUUUUGAGCAAUUUUUAAGUUGUUUCUUCAAUCCACUCAAUGUAAUUACUUUAGUUAGUAUGUCGAAACUGCAUUGGGAAUGCAGCUUGAAAGUUUUGUCAUGUACAAUUUUUUACAGUUUUGUUAUUCAUGCACAUCAGAAUUUGGUAACAGUUAUAUCAUUACACAAACUUUGUUAUUUAAACUCUUUAAAAUGGAAUUGUUACAAUGCCAUGUUUGAUAAUAUGUUAUAGUUUCAUGGUCAUUUUGGUUAAUUUUUAUUUAGAAGCAUUAUUGAAUCUCUGACACUAAAAGCAAGUCCAAGAGUCAAAGACAUUUUAUUAUGUUUGUUUCUUAGGGAUAAAAGUAACACAUAGCGAAGGCAUGUAGAUUAAACGGGAUAUGUGAGUUUAAGGAGCAAAUUUUCCACAUAGACUUUUUGAACAGGAGUGGAAAGUUCUACUUAUUUAGUAUUUAGAGCAGUAGUUCUGCUCACUUUUGUUUCACCACUACACAUUUAGUAUUUAGAGCAGGAAGUCUGCUCACUUUUGUUUCACCAUUUUCAAAUAUUUUGUUGUUGACAAAUGUUAUGUUAUGUUUAUUAGUUGUUUAUUUAUUUAUUGUUAGUUUAUUAGUUGUUACCUAAUGUACGAAUCAAGCCAAUAUUGCUACAGAAAAAAAAAGAGAACACUGGUUUUCAUUUGGACAUGCAAAAUUAUUUAUUGGUCUCCCCUUUGGGUGGUGCAUACUGUUUACAUUUUGUAGGGGAACAAGAGCAGCAAUUUUUCGUAAAUGUAGUAUAGCACAGCAUAAGAUGAUAUUCUGAUUGCGAAUAGAAUCUCAGUGAAUUUCUACUUGUGAGAAUUUCAAUCAAUAAUUCAGUAUUAUUUCUAUGUAAAGGUUAUGUGUUAUGCCUGAUAUGCUUAAGUCGGUUAAUGUAAGUGUCAGGUGAAUCCAUAUUUUUUUUUUUGUUGUUUUUCUGCUCUUAAUGCCGGAUGGUAUAAAUGAUCACGCCACAGCCAUGCAGCUGGAACCUGGCUGUCAAAUUUCAGAUAAACUGGUUGAUAGGCUUAUUACAGUUUCAAAGAACAAAUAUUUGACAUGUCCAUUUGGUUAAGUAGUUGUCCAUUCAGCCUAUGUUAAGAAAAGUAGACCACCCUUUUUAAUCGUUUUUGUUUUUUUUUUGUUCAUAACACAAUGUCUUGGAUUGGAAUAAUGACAUAAUUAUAAACACGGACACCAAUGUAGAUCAAAAAUUCAUGAGUAACUGCACAUUACCUGGCAAAAUGUUUGCUUUCUUGCCUUGCCAUUACUAUGAGAAUUGUACAAGAUAUUAUAAUACUUGAGAUAAUCUGUUUUGAUGUCAGUAAAUUAACAUUGUAUCUCCACUUGAUAACUUUAAAAAACUGUGGACCUAAAAUGCGAUUAAAAGGGGUGGCCGGGUGAAUUAAGUUUAAAGUUAGCAAGACAGUUUUGCUUUCCUCUUUGUAAAUCUAGUUUCACAUGAAACAAUUUUGCAGUUGUAUCUAGUUUACAUUAUGGAUGACCCAAGAUGGUGCUUAAGAUUUAUUUAGUUGUAUUUUGGAUCAGACAUAAGUAGGGACUUCAAUAUAAGUGUAUCUCAAAUGCACUACUAGUGGGACCAAGAUGGCCACAAAUUUGAACAAGUUUAUUGUUAAUUCUACAAACUGACCAUCCAUGUGUAUCACUGCAGUUGGAGAUAGAUUGUGAUCUCCAAGAGACAGGGUAUUCUACUUGUAUUAUCUGCUUUGUUAAGAACAUUGCUUUGAUGAAGUGCAUAUAAAGAAUCGUAUACUUAAUGACCACACAGUUUCAACUUUUUAUCUGUCUCUUUGGAUAUAUACCUGGGUUAUAUUCCUAGGUCAUAGUGGAUUUUGUUUUAUAACAUAAUUGAAUUCUUAUCAACUGCAUGUUGUUUAAUAUUGUUCACUUUGUUUUAUAUACAUUGUAACGUAUAUUGCACAAACUAGAAAAAACUUUUCUGACACAGCUACUAGUUGUUAUGCUCCUUGCUAGUCUCAAACCAGUAUUAAUGUAUAAAUACUUCAUUUUGUCAUAUGUUUCUUUUGAUCUAUAAUUAAGUUAUUCUUAUAUUUAAGAUGUGCUCAGUUGAGCACUUGGAUAUUAAUUGCAUUUCCUACAAAUGUUAAUAUAUUUCAUUUGUGUUGGGAUCAGUUGAUCACUUACUUUUGCAGCAAUAUAUGUAUAAAAAAAAGAUAUGAAUAUUCUUCUACAUUUUGAGCUAUUUAAACUGAGUCAGUAAGAUGACAAUAUUUACUGAUUUGUCGCUUUAUUGUUUUUAAAAAACUAAAGACUGGGGUAAACAUGACAUGAACACGCAGAGAGAAAUAUAACGCGACCCAAAACCAUAGUUGCAUCCCUCACUUUAUUGAAUCUGAUAUCACAGACAGUUCAAUAUGUA